AUGGCGACAGCAGUGUGUACUAUCUCGAAAGGAGCUGGUAGUUCGACCACAAAUAAGCCUAUUCACUCAAUACCAUGCAAACUGCACUAUGAUGGGCCAGCUCCUGUUUCUGGGUAUUUCGUGACUGAUGAAGGCAGUGACGGUAGAAAAACGGCCGCUUUUCGUGGUCAUGGACUGGAAGGAGUGAACCUCGACGUGCCAUCUGGCUAUGAGCUAUACGUCCUAAACAAGCGAGGUGAGGACUUGCCAUAUUUUCGUUACUAA